CACCAUCAUCACCCUCACCGGGAGCAUGCCCGCAACCGUGCCCAGGCCCGUGACGGCCUCCCUGCUGCUCUCCGCUCUGUGUCUCGGGCUGCUGGCCUCCUCAGCCUCUGGCGUCAUCACCGUCCGGGAAGGAGACUUCUCUGCACCCCUGGAGGUAGUGAAGAAGCUCAAGAUACUCCUGGAAGAACACAGUGGGGUGGAAAAUGCCAUCCUCAAGGCAGCCGCCCUGUGCGAGAACCCCGGCCUGCCUGCGCAGCUGAAGCCCAUCUGCCACUCCCCCAACUCCGCCACCAUGUUCGCCAGGCUGGGAGACAUUGCCCGAGAACCCCACAUAUGCGAGCUUUGCGCCUACGCGGCCUGCACCGGCUGCUAGAGGGCCUUGGGCCCCCCUGCGACUCCCGGGCCGCCAACUCCACGCCUCCGGCCAGCCAACGUCCAUUACUGUGCCACCCCCCCCUCCCACCCCUCGUCUGCUGCCCCACCGCUGGCAUCUCCCGCU